AUGUACUUUAAAAAGGACACAACAUUUUUUACCCUCUUAGUACAAUCUUCAUGUGAAAGAUCAACUAUUUUGGAGGGUAACAUUGAACAUGCAAAGCAACUUGUAGAGUGGGUGAAAGAUAAGAAGUUUGGUUGGCAACUUUGUUAUCGAGCUACAACUGAUGGUUCGAGUGCAGAGGAUUUUCAUAGAAAGUGUGACGAUGUUGGACCUACAGUGACCUUAGUGAAAUGUGGAACUAACGUUUUUGGUGGUUUUACUGAUCAAAGUUGGAAUUCAUCGCCAUCAUGUAUAGAUUUUGGGCAGUAUAAACGUUCCAACUCGUCAUUUCUGUUUUCUUUGAAAAAUAAAGAGAAUAUUCGGCCAUUCAAGUGUCCGAUCAGGGAUGGUCAAAAUGACAAAGCAAUCUGCUGUCAUCGUAACUGGGGAGCAGCCUUUGGUGGUGGUAGUGAUCUGUUCAUCAGUCACAAAGCAAACCGAAACAAACAUUCAUACAGUAAUCUUGGUAACACAUAUCAACCUCCCCCAGGAUAUGAACCUGGAGCCCCAGAAACCCAAGCUCUCUUGGCGGGCAGCUACGAAUUCACUCCAUCAGAAAUUGAAGUUUUCCACAGUUGAACGAAGGU